UUAGUAGUUCGUGGUGGUCUCGAGAAAGUGAUGAGGUUUUUUCGAUACCUUUAGCCGUGUCAUUCUGUCGGUUUCUCUUGCUCGGUGUUGCAUGGCUCUCAUGCCAUGCGGCCAAGAAAGAGUACGUGUACGCUAACGCUAUGAAUUGGAGUUGCUAGCCUAGAAAUGAAUUACUAGGAAGAAUCGUUAGGGUAGCCGCAAGGUGUUGUCAGCUGGGAAGGGAUUCCCGGUGACAUCUAGGGAGGGUACACCCAAUCCGGUAAUGCACGGAAGCACCGGUUUACUAUAGUCGACCGACUGUGACCGGCGUCUCUGUAGUUAACUGGGUAGUUUCUUAACGAAAAAAAGAAGAAAAAAAAACUUGUUUAGUUUCGACAGUACAGCUAGUUAGUCUGCUAGCUGUAUAUCGCAAACAUCACAGUGAUCAUUCUCGCCACAAGUCAAAAACCUUAUCGCAUCCAUAUAGUACAUGUUGCAUCGUGUCCGACUGGACGGUCCGACCGUAGCUGGCCAUGAGUAAACGUUCAGUUUCCACACGGGUCUCCCGAUUCUUCUUUUUUGAGGGUAAGGGUCUCCCGAUUCUAAGGGCCGCCUUUUUAAGCACUCCUGGCUUGGACUCUGGUGCGUAUCAUAUUCAUACGUAGUACACAUGCGUACCUGCCUCUCCCUGUCGCCGGCAAGCAAAAAGGUUUCUCGAUCGGUAUGGAGUUGAGCAACAAAGACGUCCAAAUCCAAAUGGGCAGCCAGCUAGGCGAGCAGUCGUCCAGAGAAGGUCUCCCGUCGCUGCUCAUCCAGGUUCCAUCGCGGACUAUCGCCGGCUUCGACUGCGUCGGCCGGGACGCCGUCUCCCCCGCCGCCCUGAACGAGCGGAACAACAAGGACACUGUCAUUAGCAUCCAGGCGCCGGCGACCCCACCAGCAGCUGCCCCUGUGCGCGCGUACGACGACACGCAGAUACCCUACUCCCUUUCCCUCAGCAUGCCGGCGUCGCCGUCGGGGCUCCACUUCUCGCAGUUCAGGGCGGCGUCCGUGCGCCGCAACGAGGCGCGCGCGGCGGUGGCGCCCUCCGACGCCAAGCAGGCGGAGGCGCAAUCUCCGCGGCUGCUGCAGCAGACGCGGUUCCACUCGCAGCCGAUCCUCCACGCGUCCCAGAUCAACGACGGGACGCGGAGGGCCGACAGCACGCGCGACAAGCGGUUCGAUCCGUUCAAGACCUUCUCCGGCCGCCUCGAGCGGCAGCUCUCCAACCUGCGCGGCCGGCCGCUGGACCCCAUGGACCUCGGCUCCCACCAUUCCAAGAUCUCCGAGGAGACCGACCAGGUUCCCGGCACCGACCGCUACUUCGACGCCCUGGAAGGCCCCGAGCUCGACACCCUCAGGGCCACGGAGGUACCGGUGCUGCCCAACGACGAGAAGUGGCCGUUCCUGCUGCGGUUCCCGAUCAGCGCCUUCGGGAUGGUCCUCGGCGUGAGCAGCCAGGCGAUUCUGUGGAAGACGCUGGCGUCGGCGCCGCCGACGGCGUUCCUGCACGUGAGCCUCGUGGUGGCCCACGCGCUGUGGUACAUCUCGCUGGCGCUGAUGGGCCUCGUGUCCUGCAUCUACCUGCUCAAGAUCGUCUUCUACUUCGAGGCGGUCCGGCGCGAGUUCUACCACCCUAUACGCGCCAACUUCUUCUUCGCGCCGUGGAUCGCCUGCCUCUUCCUGGUGCAGGGCGCCCCGCGGGAGCUGGCCGAGGUGCACCACGGCGUCUGGUACAUGCUCAUGGCGCCCAUCUUCUGCCUCGAGCUCAAGAUCUACGGCCAGUGGAUGUCCGGUGGCCAGCGUCGGCUGUCCAAGGUGGCCAACCCGUCCAACCACCUCUCCAUCGUCGGCAACUUUGUCGGCGCGCUGCUGGGGGCCAAAAUGGGCAUCCGCGAGGGCCCCAUCUUCUUCUUCGCCAUCGGGCUUGCGCACUACAUUGUCCUGUUCGUCACCCUCUACCAGCGGCUCCCCACCAACGUCACGCUUCCCAAGGAGCUCCACCCGGUCUUCUUCCUCUUCGUUGCGGCGCCCAGUGUCGCCUCCAUGGCCUGGGCCAAGAUCAACGGCGAGUUCGACAACGGCGCCCGGAUAGCCUACUUCAUUGCGCUCUUCCUGUACAUGUCACUGGCCGUGCGGAUCAACUUCUUCAGAGGGUUCCGGUUCUCGCUGGCGUGGUGGGCGUACACGUUCCCGAUGACCGGCGCCUCGAUCGCGACCAUAACGUACGCGACGGAGGUGACCAACGUGCUGACGCGGACGCUGUCGAUCGGCCUCUCGGGCAUUGCCACCGUCACGGUAGCCGGCCUGCUGGUGACCACCAUGUUCCACGCCUUCGUGCUCAGGGACCUCUUCCCCAACGACGUCUCCAUCGCCAUCACCCGGAGGAAGCCCAAGUUCAGCAAGAUCCUUGCGCACUUCCGCUCCUCCAGCUCCGACAUGAAGGAGCUCGUGCUCUCCGUCUCCAAGUCGCCCAACACCGACUCCGAUUCCUCGCUCACAGACACCGAUCCGUCCGUCACCAAAGGCAAAGCCGAGCCGUAGAGCCACACCCCGCGCGCUCUCUCGCGCAUACCUAGCUGUACAUAAUUCUUUUCAGUCUCUUGGACAAGAUGAGCUUAAGAGCAGAAUGGAAGCAUGCAGCUGGUCGGCGUGAGUGCACAUACUGCCGUGGAAAGCAUGGAUAUAUCCUUGGAGCAAUUUUUGUGGUGAUGAGGGUAUAAUGUGAGGCACGUAGGUCGAUCCAUCUGUGUAUAGGUCUACGGACAUGUAUAACAGAAAUAAACCAACAAACAUUGUCUGGACCUUGCAGAAUUGGUCGAAUGAUUCAGCAUAGCCUGGGUUCAUACCAAAUCU